UCCCCACCCUGUAGGCUGAUGCUCCCCUGUGGAACUACAACUCCCAUCGUGCCCCGCGCUGCCCCGCCCCUCCCAGCCGGGGGGCUGUUUAACCCUCCGGCUGCGGGCGAACAGUGCGAGCGGGAGCUCAGGUGUCUAAGAUGCCAGAGGGCCCAGAGCUGCACCUGGCCAGCUGCUACAUCAACACGGUAUGUGCAGGGCUCAUCUUCUCGGGGAAGGUGGAGAAGUCUGAAGUGAGCAAGAACCCAGAGGUGCUGUUUGAGAGCGACGCGUACCUGAUCUCUGCCACCUCACGGGGCAAGGAGAUCAAGCUGACCCUGACGCCACUCAAAGAGGAGAAGAACUUGCUCCCUGGCAGAGGGAGGGACAGGGAGGGGCUGAGCCAGAAUGGUCUCCAGCAGCCCAUGGAUCUUGUCUUCCGCUUUGGGAUGUCAGGCAGCUUCAAGCUCGCUUCCGGGGCCGAGCUGCCCAAACACGCCCAUCUUCGGUUUUACACCAAGGAGAGCCCGCACCGAGCCCUCUGCUUCGUGGAUAUCAGGCGCUUCGGGAGGUGGGAAGUGCACGGGACGUGGCAGCUGGAUCGAGGGCCAUGUGUGAUGCUGGAGUAUGAGAAAUUCAGGGAGAACGUGCUGAGGAACCUGUCUGACAAGGCUUUCAACAAGCCCAUCUGCGAAGCCCUGUUAAAUCAGAAGUUUUUCAAUGGGAUUGGCAACUACCUCCGAGCCGAGAUUCUCUACAGGUUAAAGAUCCCUCCCUUUGAGAAGGCUCGGACGGUGCUAGAGGCUCUUCAGCAUCGGAAGCAGCAGAGUCCGGACCUGACCUUGAGCAAGAAAGUGAAGUUAAAGCGGGAAAAUCCAGACCUGCUGGAGCUCUGCCAUGCGGUGCCCAUGGAGGUCAUUCACAUGGGGGGGAAGGGUUACAGCCCGGAGCCCUCUGAUGAUGCCGCGGCCUUUGAGGAGUGGCUGCAGUGUUAUUGUGUCCCUGGCAUGAGGUCGCUGCAUGAUGGCAAUGGCAGGACCAUCUGGUUUCAGGGGGAGCCUGGACCUAUGGCCCCGAAAGGAGAAAAGUCCCGCAAGAGGCGCUCGUGGGUGAAUGCUGACCCUGAGCCUCCAAGUCCAAAGGCCACAAAGCCGGUGCCAAAGAGACGUUCGAAGGGUAGCAGCGGCCAAGAGAAGGUAGCAAAGCGAUCUGGCAGGAAGAAGGGGAAAGAGCUUGUCCAAGGAGCCGAGAACGCCAAGGCAAAUGAAGCAAGAAAGCCAAACGCCAGGUCCAGAAGGAAAGCAUCCGCAAGUCAAGGGUCUCCCAUGAGCGAAGCUCCUGCUGCAGAUAGGAAGAGGCAGGCAUCUGCUCGGAGAAGCACAGGAGCAGCUACUGCUGCCCCAAGAUCCAGGCGGGUGAAGGCUGAAUGACUGGUCUGGCACAGCAUCUGUCCUCGCUCCAGCCUGGGGUAACUCAAAUGGGAACUCGCUUGCUACUGCUGCAUGUGCUGAGGGAGAUGCACUGGGAGCAGCUGCUGGGGUGACUUCUCUCAAGCGGGCGUGCCCACUGCAUUGUUUCUUAGAUCCUUCCUCAGAGGGGCUUGCUGCAGGGGCUCUAAGCAGCUGACGCAAGAGCCAUGUCCCAUGAAAUGGAGAAGGUGAUGCCGUGGCGUCAGCCUCCCUGCUCGGUUACGGGGUUUUAUUCCUUUUUAAAUGCGGCUCCAGAGCACCGCAAUUGGGUGACUUUGUAUCGAACCCCUUGGAAGUUGCCGGGGCACCCGCUGGUGAUUGCAGCUGAGAGCUGGCGGCUCUGGGCAGGGAGGUGGGAAACACACCGAGUAGGGGAAGUCUGAGGUUGAAACAGUUUCCUGAGGGUCAGGUUAAAAGUCCUCGGAAGACCCUAGCUCUUCAUUCCCUCUCCCUGCUCUCAGUUGUCCUUUGCAGUCUCCCUGCCCGCUGCCACGAGAUGGCUCUGGCUUCAGAGGCUGUGUUUGGCCCAAGUUAGUGAGGACAG